UCAAAUUCAUAACGUCAUUGUCAAAAUUUUUGUAAACAAUCACCAACCAAAAUGGGAAUAGAAACAUUAGAAGUUGUUGACCGCGACCCAGAAAUAAUCAACUCACAGGAAGAUAUUGAGACGCCUUUGAUCCUACUGACAUAUGGCGACUUAUACGUGUUAGGUCAACUCUGGAUUCGAGUGCUGAAAACUGCUCUGGUAGGUGAUAUAUCGCUGCUGCCCGUCGUAGAAGCAGCAGCGCCAGCAAAACCCUACCAUUGCCCUCCUAAAAAACCAGCACCGAUGAAAUACACCGACCUGCCACUGUACACAAGUCCUCAUUACGAAUAUAAAGAUUACGUCGAAAAUAUCCACAGCUGUCCGAAAGCUAAGACGAAAUUAGUUCAAGAAUGUCUACUGCCUCACGUGAAGAGUUGGAGGAAAUGCUCGCAAGACUAUUACUGCAGCCUGAAAUGCAGUCUGAAGGAGAUGAAGAACGAAGCCUGCGAGACCAUAAGGAACUCGAAAAGAGAAUUCAAAAGAAUGAUGAGAGAUCCUGAAAACUUGGCGAUUCGGCGGGCGAUAGUCCUUCUGGGAACCACUACUGGCUUCCUUCUUGGCUCAGGGCGGAAUGUUAGUCGUCGUAUUUUCUACACAGGAGUCGGAGCUUUAGCUAGUGGUGCUUUGUGCUUUCCCAAAGAGACUGACGAAGCUUUUAGAACUUUAUCUUACCACACAGCGAAAGCUGGGCUUGCGUUCUACAACCUGCUUUGUGGGAAGGAGAUAGUAUUAAGGGAGAGGCUGCUUUGCAAGGAGGAUCUGCCGCCCCCACCACAAUUGAGAAGGAUGAACCCUUGUCCGAGGAAGCAAAAAUAAUUUUGGGUCUCACUUUUAUGGGCUAAAUUUCUCUGCAAAAUGGUAAUAAAUUAUUGUUUAAUGGGUCAAUCAUUUCAAUAGGGCUACAAUGAAUCAAAUAAAAUCAUUGAAACUUAAAGUGACAAUAAACCUAAAGCAACUAAAUAAUCUAUUUCUUUCAUAGUCCUAUUAUAAUGAUUUUUUCAUGUUUACGCGAAUGUUAGUAGUCCCAUUAUAAUGAAUUCUUAUGUCUAUGCGAAUG